GUUCAGAUGACAAUGGUUAUGCUUGAAACUAGGUCUUUUAAGGAUCACCGUUGUCGAGACCCAAGAAGAUGUCAAGAAGGCCAAUAAAGCUGAGAAGGAUAUGACCAAUAAACUUUCCUCCAUGGAUGAUGAAGUCAAAGCUGCCAUGAAGACUGAUGUUGACAAGGCAGUAGAGAAUUUUAAGAAGUCUUCUGAAUUUUUUGAGCUUGGGAUGAACUAUUGGGAUGCUGGCUUUGAAAAUUUUCACCAGCAAGCUAUUACGUUUUAUCCCGGUAUUUAUUUUUUCAUCAUCCAAUUUGACCCCUUUGUCUCAGCUUCUACUUCUACUGCUCUCCCAGCUGCCUCCUUUGCUACCCCCUUACUAUUCUUUUUGUUGAGGAGGGUGAAGGCGAUUAUGAUAAAGAGGAUUCCUCGCCAAAAAAUGGCGAGAAUUAGGUUUAUAAGAGACUGUUCUAUUCUAUUUUUUUUUUAAACUUCUGAGUUUUUUUUAUAAACAAAC